CAUUAGCCCCUAUCAUAGAAGCCAAGCCAGCAGAGGAGACUGUGGUAGCAGAGGAACAAGUACUAAAAGUGUCAUGUCAGGUUACAGGAAAACCCAAGCCAAGAGUCAUUUGGUAUAAAGGAAAUCAGCAACUUAUCCAUGACAAAUUUGAGGUCUUGAGCAAUGGAGAUCUCUUAAUCAAGAAAACUGAACAGAAGGACACAGGAACUUACACAUGUCUUGCAGAAAAUAAAUUUGGAAAGGUUUCUGCAUCAGGCAAAGUAAUGGUCAGAGAUAAAACCCGGAUAGAUACAAAACCGAUUGAUUCAAAGGUCGACUAUACAAAUCCUGUGAUCUUUACUUGUGGAGCCAGUACAGAUACAAUGGAAUCCAAGAAUCUCAGAAUUCGCUGGUUGAAAGAUGGAGUAGAAGUUAAGCCUAGUAACAGAAUUUUCAUAAAUGGAGGUGUUCUGACCAUCAAUGAAACAAACAGUAAAGACACAGGAAAUUAUACAUGUCUUGCAGAAAAUGGGUUAGAUAAUGCCACGGCUACAGCAUCCCUGGAGGUCAAAGCCAUUCCUGACCCACCCUACAAUGUAUCAGUCAAGGAAUGCUUGUCCACCAAGGCCACCAUUGAGUGGAAGUUUGAUGACAAAAUGAGCAACUUUGAUGUUAUGAUUAAGUUCAUUGUGGAGUACAGCACAGAGUUCAAACCUGGCGUAGUCACUGUGGACCUGUCCCCGUAUGCCAAGUAUUCCUUCCGGGUCAGAGCCAUCAACAUGAUGGGCACUAGUGAACCGAGUGAGCCCACCAGUGGCUGGUGUGAGACACCCAUGUCUGUGCCAGACAAGAACCCAGAAAAUGUGCACACUGAUGAGAGUUACACAGGCUUCUUGGUUGUGAAGUGGAAUCGUGUAGAACAGAUAGAUCAUAAUGGUCCUAAUUUCCGCUAUGUGGUGGAAGUUCAAGAGCAAGGUACACAGGAGUUGCAGAUUUUUGAAGUGAAUGAUUACAGAAUUACUGAGAAACACAUACCAGUGGAAAAUAUCUUUAGACCAUACCUUAUAAAAGUGAGGUCUGAGAACCAAGUUGGCAAGGCAACAAAUGAUCCAGUAACCUACAUUGGUUAUUCUGGGGAAGCCCCACCACUGGUGGUUCCUGAAAACUUUGAGCUGGACCCAGAUGUGAAUAUCACAGCAAUAAGUGCCAGCUUCAGGUGGGACCCUGUUGAUACCAGUCCAGAGUUGAUCAGAGGAGAGUUCUCAGGUUAUAAGAUUCGUUUUUGGAAGGCUGGUGAGAAGGAAACCACAUUGCACGAGCACAUCAUUUCUCCAGAGUCCAGCAGCAAAAAGCGAAAACGUAGAAACAGUCCAGAUAACAAAAUUCGAGGAACGGUUGCUAACCUCCCUUCUUAUGCUGACAUUGAAGCAGAUGUGGUUGUUAUCAACAGAAAGUUUGAGUCUAAUGGCAGCAACAUUGUCAAUUUUUCCACCCCAGAAGGAGUUCCUGGAAUAGUGGGGUUUUUCAAAGCAGCACACAGAGGCUCACAUCAUUUCUCAUUGAAGUGGGGAAAACCUGCAAAGCCAAAUGGAAUCAUUACUGGCUAUCAGAUGGCCUACCAAAAAAUCUCCAGACUGGAUGUUGGACCCAAGAUCAUUGCCUUUGAAGAUCUUGGACCUGAUGAGGAAGAGGCUGAGUUGAAAGGUUUGGACCCAGAUACUCAGUACAGGAUAUAUAUUACAGCCAGAACAGCAGAAGGCCUUGGUGAAGAGUUCUAUAUAGAUGUGAAGACUAUCAGUGAUGUUUCACAACUGGCCACACCUGUGAUCCAGAAUGUAUAUCCAGGAGAUAAUAAUGCAAAUGUCACCUGGAAUAUGCCAACAGAGAAAGGUGGUCGUUUCCCUCAGUUGUAUUACAUUGAAUACUUGAAAAAGGAUUCCACAAAAUGGGUUCGAAUAGAUCAUCCAGUAGAGAGUCAGAACUGGGGCAUGCUACAGCAUCUGGAGCCAGGUACACAGUAUGAAGUGCGAGUUGUGGCCAUGUCACAUGUCAAUGGUGUGGAACAGCUUGGGAAAGAGUAUACUUUCAUGACUGCUGGAAUCGGUGCUGCUAAAGCAAGUUUUUUGUCUGCAACCUGGUUUAUUGGCAUGAUGGUGGCCAUUGCUGUCCUUAUUCUCAUCCUUGUAAUUGUGUGCAUUGUCAAGCGAAACAAGGGAGAUAACUAUCCAGUACAAGAAAAGGAGAGAUUACGUGGCACUUACACUGAUGAAAACCCAGAUCAUUUUGAUGAUUAUGGAAAAGGGGAUGAAAACGGGAUCAAAGGCAGUGGCUCAUUUGAUCAGGAAGCAGAAAAAGUCCCGCUUGAAGAGGAUGUAGACAGCUUAGACUACGGAGAUGAUGAAGGCAGCAAAUUCAAUGAGGAUGGGUCCUUCAUCGGGCAAUAUGGUACUGCAGAGAAAGAAAAUGAGACAAAUGUCUCAUCCAUAGUUUAA